UCCUCUUCCUCCCAAUCCCUACACUUCCCUCUUCUUUAAGUCCUUUAUUUUUCUCUCUUUUUUGGUGAGUUUAUCAGAAAGUUUUUAACUGAUAAACACACCAACAUUGUUGCCAUUGUUGAUUUUAUAUAUACUUAUAACACACAACCAUUUGUACACAACAAACAGAUCUACAUAGUUAAGUUUUUUAGGUCACUCUUUAUUACUUGUUGACUGCGUAACAAUGAAGAGUUUUGUGGGUUGUUUGUUUUUAGUAAUUGGGGUUCUUCCUUUAGCAUUUGCUGGCCAUAAUUAUGGUGAAGCAUUGAGUAAGAGCUUUCUGUUUUAUGAAGCUCAAAGAUCUGGUUAUCUUCCUCAUAACCAAAGAGUUCAUUGGAGAGGAAAUUCUGGUCUUAAUGAUGGAAAAGCUAGUGGGAUUGAUUUGGUGGGAGGGUACUAUGAUGCAGGAGAUAAUGUGAAAUUUGGUUUGCCAAUGGCAUUUACUAUAACAAUGAUGUCAUGGAGUAUUUUAGAAUAUGGUAGGCAAAUGGGUGCUAGUGGUGAACUUGGUCAUGCUAUGGAUGCUGUUAAAUGGGGUACUGAUUAUCUCCUCAAAGCUCAUCCUGAACCUUAUGUUCUUUAUGGAGAGGUAGGAGAUGGAAACACAGACCAUUUCUGUUGGCAAAGACCAGAAGAUAUGACGACAUCAAGAGCUGCUUACAGAAUUGACCCGAACCACCCGGGUUCGGACCUUGCCGGAGAAACUGCCGCCGCCAUGGCCGCCGCUUCCAUCGUCUUCCGCCGCUACAACCCUGGCUAUGCUAAUGAGCUACUUAACCACGCCCAUCAGCUCUUCGAAUUUGCUGACAAAUAUAGGGGCAAAUAUGAUAGCAGCAUUACUGUGGCCCAAAAAUAUUACCGAUCUGUUAGUGGAUACGCGGAUGAAUUAUUAUGGGCAGCAGCAUGGUUGUACAAGGCAUCAAACAAUCAAUUUUACAUGAAUUAUUUAGGAAGGAAUGGAGAUGCACUUGGUGGAACUGGUUGGUCCAUGACUGAAUUUGGCUGGGAUGUCAAAUAUGCUGGUGUCCAAACUCUUGUUUCUCAGAUCUUGAUGUCAGGGAAAGCUGGUCACAAUACACUUGUAUUUGAGAGGUACCAACAGAAAGCAGAGAACUUCAUGUGUUCGUGCCUCGGAAAGGGUAACCGGAAUGCACAGAAAACUCCUGGUGGUCUCAUCUUCAGGCAGAGAUGGAACAAUAUGCAAUUUGUUACUAGUGCUUCAUUCCUUGCCUCGGUUUAUUCUGACUAUUUAACAUCCGCUGGCAAAUACCUCAAGUGUUCUUCUGGUUAUGUAUCUCCAAAUGAGCUCCUCUCUUUUGCCAAGUCACAGGUGGACUACAUUCUUGGAGAUAAUCCGAGAGCAACAAGUUACAUGGUGGGAUAUGGAAGCAAUUACCCAAGACAAGUACACCACAGAGGUUCUUCCAUUGUUUCUAUUAAGGUUAAUCCAACUUUUGUUACCUGUCGUGGAGGAUAUGCAACCUGGUAUAGCAGAAAGGCGAGCGACCCUAAUCUCCUCACUGGUGCCAUUGUUGGUGGACCUGAUGCCUAUGACAACUUUGCUGAUGAAAGAGAUAACUAUGAGCAAACUGAGCCUGCCACUUACAACAAUGCUCCGUUGAUUGGCGUGUUGGCAAGACUUCAUGCUGGUCAUAGUGGUUACAAUCAGCUCCUACCAGUUGUUCCUGCGCCAAAGCCAGUUCCAAAACCAGCGCCAAGGGGGAAAGUAACUCCAGCUCCAAGGCCAAGAGUACUUCCAGUACCAGCUAAUGCUCAUGUUGCUAUUCAACAAAGGGCAACUAGUUCAUGGGCACUGAAUGGGAAGACUUACUACAGAUACUCAGCAAUAGUUACUAACAAGUCCGCGAAGACAGUUAAGAACUUGAAGCUUGCAAUAUCCAAGCUCUACGGUCCUCUAUGGGGUCUUACAAAGUACGGUGACUCGUUCAUCUUCCCAGCUUGGCAAAGUUCUUUACCAGCUGGUAAAAGCCUCGAGUUCGUGUACAUUCACACUGCUUCUCCUGCAAUUGUCUCAGUUUCAAGCUACACUCUAGUCUAAAAGACUGAAUGAAAAACAAGAAGUUAAGAAGGUGGAAAUGCAAACACAUUUUUCUCGGGUUUUAAUGUAAGAAUUGUGCAGCUAUAGUGCUAUACUACGCAGCUAUAGUGCUAUACUACACGGCGCAUUCAAGGGGAUCUUUUUAUCUUUUUCGUUAUUGGGUUUUUUUUCUUUCUUUCGAAAGUUUGUCUGUAAGUUUCAACUUCUGGUUGGUUUGCAGUUUGAGUAGGACUUUAGGUAAUGAAGGUUUAGGUUAAUAAGGUGGAAAAGUUGGAGGAAGAAAGGAGUGAAGAGACAAGUUUAAACAAGUGCUCAUCCUCUUUCUCCUCCACUUUAUAUACAUAGUAUUGAGAAAAGAAAAAUGACAGAGAAAAGAGUGAAGGGGUUGAGAAGUAAAGAAAGUUUUGCUUCUCUAUAUUAUAUCUAAAGUCUUCAUUUCCUUUGUAAUUGAAUGCAGCUUGAAGGUUUCUAUCAGUUUUGCUUUUUAACU